AUGAACGACUCCAAAUUUAUUGCGAUAGCCCUCGAAGAAGCCCGGCUAGGGUUCGAAGAGGGCGGCAUCCCCAUUGGAGCGGUCCUUGUGUCCAGUGAGGGAAAGAUCCUCGGACGCGGACGCAACCAAAGGGUCCAGGAAGGGGUCCCGAUCCUGCAUGGCGAAACCUCGGCGCUCGCAAAUGCGGGCAACCUGCACCAUUCGUUGUACAAGGGCGCCACCAUGUACACGACUCUGUCGCCCUGUGAUAUGUGCACCGGAGCUUGCCUGCUCUUUGGCAUCUCCCGCGUCGUCAUUGCCGAGAACAAGAACUUCGUCGGCGGGGAGGCGUACCUCAAGCAGCGGGGCGUCGAGGUGGUCGUGCUCGACCACGCCGAAUGCACCGAGUUGAUGGAGAGGUUCAUCCGGGAGAGGCCGGAGCUCUGGAGCGACGAUGUUGGUGGUAAGCCGAAGAAAUGA